GAUGCUGGCGGAGAGCCAGGGGUACCCUGCUGCUGCCAGCUGCGGGGCGAGCGAGGAGGGGGACGAGGAAGGCGAGGAGGCGGAGGAUGAGGAGGGUGAGGCGGAGGAGGAGAAAGAGGAAGAGGAAGAUAUGGCAGCAGACAGCGACGAGGCUGCCACUGAGCAAGUGGGGGAGGAGGAGGAGGAGGAGGAGGAGGAGGCGCGGCAGCGGCGCCGGCUCGGGCGCGAUGGCGGCGGCGCAGGCCUCUCCGCCGCGCCGCGCCGCUGGGGCGGCGGCCGGGGUGCCUCGCCCGACCUUCUCCGGCGGCGCAGCGGCGGCCCCGGGGGCUUGGCGGCCUUGCCGCCGCCAGAGGUGCGCGGCGGCGGCGGCGGCGGCGGCGGCGGCAAAGGGGUCAAGCGGCGCAGGCUGCUGGAGGGCAAUGGUGGUGCGGAGGCCGCACCGGCUCCGGUGACGCGCGGCGAGGCGGCGGAGGCGCCGCGAGUGCUGCGCAGCUCGGGCCGCCGCGGCAGGGGCACAGGCAGGGCACGCGGGCGCGGCCGCGGCCGCGGCGGCGCCCAGGAGGCCGCGACGUCGCCGGCUGCUGCCGCCGGCGGGAGGGGGCGCGGCAGGGGCAGAGGCGGGGCCGGGGGCAGGUCGGUGCCAUCGCCAGUUCGCAAGCUGGGCUGCUCGCGCUGCCGCUUCGCGGCGAUUGGAUGCCUGUCCUGCCGCCCGGCGGCUGGGGAGGUGGGCGCCGCGCCAGAGGUCAAAGACGAGCCGGAAGACGCCUCGCCCCCGCGGCGCGGCGCCGUUCUCGCGGCGGCCUCGGAGCGGCAGCCGGACAGGCAGCAUCAGCGGCGCGCAGGAGGGGGCCACGAGCCUCCCGCCGAGCCCGGGGGCGAUGAGCAGGCGUGGCGCACGCAGCAGCCCGGACAGCGGCUCUUCAGCUUCCUCCGCGCCAAGGCGCGCCGCCACGCGGCGGCGGUCGCAGCUGAAGCGGCCGGCGGCACUGCAGCGCCGCGGCGCGUCGGGCCGCUGGCGGGCCUGACGUUGCUGCUGACAGGGUUCAAGGGUGCGGCGGAGAAGGGGCAGGCGGAGCGGCUGGCGCGGGAGCUGGGGGCAGACCUUCUGAGGGAACCCCCUGCGCCGCCGCAGGAGCCGCGCGCGCAGCAGCAGCAGCAGCAGCAGCAGCAGCAGAAGCCGGCCCGGCGUGCGCGCCGCGAGAGCGGCGGCGGCGGCGGGGGAGGCGGCAGUAGUGGGGGCGCGGCGCUCGAGGCUGUGGAUGUGGAUGUGGCGGUUGCAGGAGCCCAGCACUUCACAUCCAAGUACAUGUUCGCCGUCGCCCGCGGCUGCGCCGUGCUGUCUGCCGACUGGCUGCGCGCCUGCGGCGCCGCGGGGCGGCUGCUCGACCCGGAGCGCGGCGCGGCGGCGCACGUGCUGCAGCCGGCGCGGCCGGGGCUGCGGGCGGCGCCGCUGCUCGCGGGGCUGCGGCUGUUUGUUUCGGGCGACAAGGGAUUCGACGCGUCCUUUGGGGACGUCCUCCGCCACGCAG